GAUCGUAACUUGUAAGGUCUCCAGCAUUAAUUCUUGCUUUGCCAAAGUACAUAUCUUAUAUGUGGGAUCCACACCACUCAAGAACUCCUUUAGAGGAACUAUCAGGAAGGAAGAUGUUCGAGCUACUGAAAAAGACAAGGUUGAAAUGUAUAAGUUUCCGCCCAGGUGACAUCAUGCUGGCUAAAGUGAUUUUCUUAGGUGAUGCACAGUCCAACUACCUACUGACAACUGCAGAAAAUGAUCUGGGAGUGGUGGUGGCCCACAGUGAAUCAGGUGUCCCGAUGGUGCCCAUCAGCUGGUGUGAGAUGCAGUGCCCUAGGACACACACCAAAGAAUUCCUCAAAGUAGCUUGA